CACUCCUCCAGUUGUCAACCACGUCAAGAAUUUCCGCAUAUGUUGGCUACCCAAUAAGUGUCCCGUUCUACAAUGCCAAACCUGGAGGACUACACUGUGGGUUGGAUUUGCGCCAUAACCUCUGAAUAUGUCGCCGCCCAGGCAUUUCUCGACGAAAAGCAUGACCGCCCCGUUUCUUUGCCGCCUCAUAACAAAAAUGACUACACAUUAGGCAGAAUUGGAAAUCAUAACGUCGUCAUCUCUGUUCUGCCUAUGGGGGAGUAUGGCACUUCGUCAGCAGCACGUGUGGCAGAAGAUAUGGUCCAUAGUUUCCCUAAUAUCCGUAUCGGCCUGAUGGUUGGCAUCGGGGGCGGUGCCCCCAGCCCAAAACAUGAUAUCCGCCUGGGAGAUAUUGUCGUCAGUAUUCCUGGAAAUGGUCUAGGUGGUGUUGUUCAGUAUGACUUUGGCAAGAUGAUUCAGGGCCAAGGAUUUCAGCCUACGGGUUUUCUCGACCAACCACCUAUUGUCCUACGUGCGGCAGUAAAUGGACUUAAGGCUCAUUAUGAGAGUGAAGGCCAUCAGAUCGAAAUGAUGGUUAGCCAGAUUUUACAGACGAAACCACGGCUGCGAAAAAGAUAUGGGCGCCCAGAUCCUGCGAGUGAUCGGCUAUACCACAGUCACAUCAUCCAUCCUGCAGACGGUGAAAUACCUUGCACUACGGAUUGUGGAAAUGAUCUAGCUUACCUAAUUUCCCGUGCUCCACGCACUGAGGAGGAUGACAAUCCCACGAUUCAUUACGGGCUAAUAGCAUCCGCUAACCAACUCAUGAAAGAUGCCUUGAUUCGAGACAAAUUGGCGGCACAAAAGGAUAUUAUAUGCUUUGAAAUGGAAGCGGCUGGGCUGAUAAACCAUUUUCCUUGCCUUGUAAUCCGGGGCAUCUGCGACUACGCCGAUUCGCACAAGAAUAAAAACUGGCAGGGAUAUGCGGCAAUGGUCGCAGCAGCAUAUGCCAAGGAUCUUUUAUAUCGAAUUGUCCCGCAGCAGGUAGAGCAGGAGGCGAAGAUCAGCACUGUUCUGAAGGAAGGAUAUCACCAUACGAAUAUCAAAUUUGGAGCCCACAACUCUGGCUUCCAAGUUGCUGUGAAUAAUGGUAUGAUCAGUGCCAGAUCGGGGGCCAGCGAUAGCAACCAAGUCUAGUGACCUUUGUUACAAGUUAGCAAAGCAGAGCGACAAAAACAGAUGGCAUUCUUGUUCUGCUGGUCAAACUAAGGCGGCGAUUUAAAUGUUUUAUAAUCACCCCUGCUUCAUCACAGCCACCUAUAUAUAUAUCUUAGUUAGGGACUAUUGAAAUAGGUAGUCACUAUGUAAUUAUAAAUUAUAGGGAAAGCGAUCUGUCUCAUGAC